AUGUCGUCGGCAAACGAACUACCCCCUAUCUCGAUUGAUUCUGAGUGUGAUACCUGCGGUGACCCCAUCUUUGAUGACGACCUGUCAGUAGAUGCCGCGCAAAUAACGACAUAUUUUACAUCACAAAAUUAUAGGUACCGCUUCUCUGACGGACAGCACAUUCGCUUCCAACAGAAGGAGAGCAACAGACUGGAUAUUGUCCAUUAUAUGACAGUUGCACUCUGCGACGAGAAGCUUCACCUUGCACCCAUUGGCUCAAGCCCCCAGAACAUCCUUGAUAUUGGAGCUGGGACCGGCAUUUGGUGCUGUCAAAUGGGUGAUGAUUACCCGUCUGCACAGAUAUUAGGCGUGGACCUAAGCGCAAUACGGAACACAAAACAUGUCACUCCAGAAAACGUGAGAUUCGAAAUCGACGACAUCGAAAGCGACUGGACUUUUAUAGACUCGUUCGACUACAUCCACUGCCGUUACAUGUACGCUGCAAUACGAGAUUGGCCGAAGCUGGUUGAAAGAUGCUUUAACCACCUGACACCCGGCUGCUGGGCGGAAUUCCAAGACUUCGAUGUUCCUUGGUAUUCCGACGAUGGAACGUACGACGCCGAAUCAUCACUUGGUCGAUGGUACAAAUUAUUCUAUAAAGCCACCCGCCAACAUGGCCGAGAGCUGUCGCCUGGCCCUAAACUUGAAGGGUGGGUGCGCGGUGCUGGCUUCACCGAUGUGGUUGUUAAGAAGAUGCGGGUUCCUGUUGGGAGGUGGCCAAAAGAUCCGAAAUUGAAAACGGUCGGGACCUGGAAUCUCCUGCAAGUCAUCGAGGGCAUGGAAGGGUUUUCCAUGGCCCUCUUCUCGCGUGUGUUAGGAUGGUCUCCUGAUGCCAUCCAGGCCUUCGUUUCUGAGGUAGUGAAAGAUCUCCGCAAUCCGAAAAUGCAUGCACAGUUCGACUUAAGUGCAGCCGCCCCCAAAACCCCAAGUACAUUGUUUACGGGCGAAAACCUGAAACGAGCAAAUGAAAAUGAUCUAUCACCGCGACUAGGGAAAAUUCGAAUAUCCCUUUGGAAAAGAAAACCCAACACGAUGUCUACUAGGUAUAAGGGUGAAACAUUUUCACUGUCAGCCAGCAUCUGCGCUUCUGGUUAUACUGCAUGA